AUGACGCUCGUGUUUGGUCGCUACGUCCUGUUUGACAGCGACGGAGAGUACAAUUGUCAAAUCUGCUACAGAGGGUUCUCCAGGUCAGCAAUCCUCGCCCACUGCCGAAACACCGGCAACCAUGAAUGGUGUGAGAGAUGCGAGCGUGUCUUCAAGACAAAGCACGCAAAACUGGAUCAUCUCAGGGUCUCCCCAAACCAUAACAUCUGCAUCUUCUGUAACCUGCGUCCGGACUUUCCCGAUUACGAGGACUUGAGGGAGCACUACGUCGAAGCCCACUUUAUGUGUCGCCUGUGCAAUAUCGUCCAGCAUACAGAGUUUGACCUUGGUCAGCAUAUCAUUUAUGAGCAUUUUGGCUGCGAUAUCUGCCUCCGUUCCUUUGAAAGCGAUGACAAUCUUCAACAUCACAUGAAGGUUCAUGAAGAGAAGAAUCUAGAGUGCCCCAAUUGUGAUAAAAGGGUUGCUAGGCUGUCUUAUCUUCUGCUGCACCUUGAGCGGAGCAGCUGCACUUCGGUCCGAAAGGUCAAGGGACUGGCCUUCCAAUUCGACGAUGAGGGUUACUACAGCUUUCUCACCCAUAACCGGUCAUUUUACUGUGAGAACUGCGAUAGCAAAUUUCGCUACCUGUCAAGUCUGUACCAGCACGUCGAAGACUCCACCGAUUGUUCGCAUUUGUUGGAGCAAUACGGUUCAGAUCUCAAUGACCUUGCAAAUUACAUAUUCAGUCACGUCUAG